GCUGCCACGUCUGCUCCGCUCCGUGGUAAUGGAGGUAGGGGAUGAGUGCUGACCUGGCCGAGCUCUGGCUCUAGUUUUAGCUCUGGCUCUGGCACUGACUCGGGUCUGGCACCCCAAAGCCUGGAUACCUUUUCUCGACUCUCUGGGCGGGGACGACCUGCGUACAGGCAGCUGGUUUGGAGUGCUUCAGCGCGGGGAGGGAGUUCUGUUGCCUGGGGUCCAGUCUGUAAAGCCGCCGCCGCCUCCCAGGGAUCCUGCCCCACCGGCCGGGCCUCUUCCAUGCAGUUGAAACCGGUUGACAGCCAUUAACCUGGGUUGCAACUACAGGCGGCACUGGAAACAGACUGGUUCCCGGACAUGCCCGGUGGAAGGAGGGGCCCCAGUCGGCAGCAGCUAAGCCGUUCAGCUUUACCUUCUUUACAGACGUUGGUUGGUGGGAGCUGUGGCAAUGGAACAGGCUUGAGAAACAGGAAUGGUAGUGCUGUUGGCCUUCCAGUCCCACCUAUCACAGCCUUAAUUACCCCGGGUCCUGUUCGUCAUUGCCAAAUUCCUGACUUGCCUGUGGAUGGGAGCCUGCUCUUUGAAUUUCUUUUUUUCAUCUACCUAUUGGUUGCUCUGUUCAUCCAGUACAUCAACAUCUAUAAAACGGUGUGGUGGUAUCCUUACAAUCAUCCUGCUUCUUGUACUUCACUGAAUUUUCAUCUCAUUGAUUAUCACCUGGCAGCAUUCAUCACAGUGAUGCUUGCAAGGAGGCUUGUAUGGGCCCUCAUCUCAGAGGCUACUAAGGCAGGUGCAGCAUCAAUGAUUCACUACAUGGUUCUGAUAUCAGCUCGCUUGGUACUACUCACUUUGUGUGGAUGGGUACUUUGUUGGACCCUCGUCAAUCUCUUUCGAAGCCAUUCAGUCCUCAAUCUCCUUUUCCUUGGCUACCCGUUUGGUGUUUAUGUUCCCCUCUGCUGUUUUCAUCAAGAUAGCAGAGCUCAUCUUCUUCUCACAGACUAUAACUAUGUGGUUCAGCACCAGGUGGUAGAGGAAAGUGCCUCAACUGUGGGUGGCUUGGCCAAAUCCAAAGACUUUCUCUCCUUAUUGCUGGAGUCUCUAAAAGAACAAUUUAAUAAUGCCACGCCCAUCCCCACUCACAGCUGCCCGUUAUCUCCAGACCUCAUUCGCAACGAAGUAGAAUGUCUAAAAGCAGAUUUCAACCACAGAAUCAAAGAAGUUCUCUUCAACUCCCUCUUCAGUGCCUACUAUGUUGCAUUUCUCCCCCUGUGUUUUGUGAAGAGUACCCAGUACUAUGACAUGCGCUGGUCAUGCGAGCACCUCAUUAUGGUGUGGAUCAAUGCUUUUGUCAUGCUCACCACACAGCUGCUGCCAUCCAAAUACUGUGAUUUGCUACAUAAAUCAGCUGCUCACCUGGGCAAGUGGCAGAAGCUUGAACAUGGGUCCUACAGCAAUGCUCCACAGCACAUAUUAGCACAGGCCUUCAAGCCCAGGAACUGAAAGAGAUUGGGCCAGGCUGAAAAGAAACCCGACUGUGGGCAAAGGACAGAUUUCAAUAAAAAUUGAAAAUACAAUCCACAGUACUAGUACUGUACAUCUUCAGGCUACUGAUGGCACAUGGCCAUGAGGUGUAUCAUCACUUUAAUGCUGGUAAGUGUGAGCAAGGCCGGUGGAACAUUUUCUGAACUGGGAAAGCUUCAGGGUGCUAGAAUUUUUUUUUUUAACAUAUCUAAACUGCUGUCCCAGUUCUUACCCUAGGAAACUAACCUUUCCAAAAUGAGGAAGAGAUGAAUUAACUUAGAUUUUUUUUAAAAGCUUAACCUGAAGAUCCCCACCCCACCCCAACUCCAUUACGUUGAUGCUGGAAAGAGUGAAGCUGCUUCUUCCUUAACUUCUUUUCCCUAGAGAAACCUCUGUAAAAAUAAACCAAGAAAGCGGUAAAAAGAAAACUCUGUGUAUAUGUCGUGUUUCUCUGUAUUCUGCUGUAUACCUUCUCACAUUUGUGAGGUAUUUGAAUUAUAUGCUAAGCAAACUGAUUUUCUGUCGCUUUGGGGAAUAUAAUUCUGCUAGUUUGACAGUGUGUUAAUUUCUCCAUUACUCUUACGGCCAUUAGCUUUCUCUUCUUGUUUAUUCCCUCUUGCAUUUCUGCCGGUGGACUCUGCUUACUUGGGAUGACGAUGACAGUCCACCUGCUUAUACUCUGUUUUCUGGCUCAUUAGGUGCCUUACUUACGCAUUUAUAUCUGCUCAUUCUUCUAAGUCUCUUAAGUCUUCAACACUAAGUUAACUGUAUCACUCUGUACUAUAUAGCAAUAAAGUUAUAAUAACGAAUCCUUUCUAACUAUUUCCAGUUUGACCAUGGAAUUACUAUAUUUUCAGAAUUCAGACAGAUGAAGCCUUGAAUACUUAAUCCCUUCCAUAGAAAUAUAGCUGGCCUUGCCAGACACUAUCUUGUCUGUAAUUGCCAAUAUGCUAACAUUGCAUUUCUUUUUCCCUUAGUUGGUCAGAAAAUACAAUAUGGCCUCAAGGGGUGCUGGUGCGGCACAGCAGAUGUUUAUAUAGAGCCAUGGGGCCUUACAACGUGGCAGUGC